CUAAAGUUAGAUUCGUGUAGUACAAUUACUGAACGAGUACCAAUAUUUGGUACCGACAUUGUCGACGAAAUCAAUUGUGCAUAAUAAAGUACGGGUACCUAUACUCAGCAAAAUUCGAUAAUUUUUCCUUUUUCAUAUUCUCGGAUUAUACCAUCGAAAUCAACAUGCGGUGGCAAUUUUUAUUUCGCAUGUCUAUUUUUUGUUUAACAUUUAUCGAAGCUAACCCAACUUUCGGGUUAACAUUUUUUGUGAAAGUUAACCCGAGUCUACAAGAUCAAAAAGACCAUCAAUGGGAACAGUACAAAAUCGAAUUUCAUAAAAACUAUGGAUCUGUGACAGAAGAAAAUCAUCGGAGGGAAAUUUACGAGCGUAACGUUCAACAAAUCAAUCAACAUAAUGAACUAUUUGCCAAAGGAGAAGUUUCAUUUAAGAAGGAAAUCGAUCAGUAUACAGAUAUGGAUUAUACAACAGAGUUGGACUGGAGAAAAGAGAAUGCGGUGACCAUAGUGAGAGAUCAGAAAGAUUGUGAAUAUGGAGAUUGGGCUUUUGCCGCUAUCGGAGCUGUGGAGGGAUUCUUGUCCAUAAGAGAUAAAAAACUCAGCCCAAAACUUAGCGUGCAAGAACUCAUUGAUUGCACCCAGAUAAUGGGAAAUUACGGUUGCCAAAGAGGUACCGUGCAAGAAGCAUUAAAUUACAUUAAACAAUAUGGCAUUUCGAAAGAAACAUCAUAUCCAUUUAUUGGACAGGACGGGGACAAAUGUUCCAACAAACAGCAAGACAAAAUCGCACAAGGCUUGGAUAUAAAUCUUGAUUUUAUACCUAAAAAUGAUGAAUCACUAAUGAAAAGUUACCUCUAUAAAAAUGGACCCUUACUAGCCGUCAUUAACGAUUCUCCGUCUUUCAAGGGCUAUAAUGGUGGAAUUUAUAAGGAUGAAGAGUGCGGUAAAUCUGCAGGAGAACACAAUGUUUUGAUCGUUGGUUAUAACGAGGAGAAAGGAGAAAAGUACUGGAUUGUGAAAAAUUCAUGGGGCGAAGACUGGGGUGAUAAAGGAUACAUUAAAAUCGCACGUGACAAAAAUAUUUGUGGGAUAGCUAACGAUGCACGUUUUCUAUCAUUCAACAAUUAAGCCAAAUUAUUCUUAAUUUAAGGUAUUAUUACGUUUUAUGUUCUUCAUGGUUGAUGUAGUUGUGCCUAUACCUAAAACAUGUGUAGUUCUGGAUCAUUUUACAAAAUAAAAUUCUGUUAUAACAGA